GCUUCCUGCAACAGCUGCUCUCAGUGGGGUGGAUGCAUCUCUGAAGAUUGCAGCAAGUGCUCUGAACAGACAGGCUUAUGGCUUUGCAAAUGCUGUCUUCAAGUCUGUGGUCUUUCAAUUGGCUGGUUCAGGUGUGCUGCCUACAGUGCCACAAGUGCGAUGCCGACUUGAG